AUGUUGAAUCAAGACGAUCCGAAGUCAAAAGAAGACGGCUCGAGUAGUGUAGGAGGAGAUGACACGGCUAUGGUUAUAUUAUUCGGAGAUGAAGCAAACCUAAGCCGCAUCGACAAAUCUGUCUCCCCCGGAACCAACGAAAAAGAGAAGGAAGCCGUAGACGAAGGAGAAAAAAAGAAGGAAGCCAUAGACGAAGGAGAAAAAGAGAAGGAAGCCGUAGACGGAGGAGAGAAAGAGAAGGAAGCCGGAGACGAAGAGAAUAAAGACAUAGAAGAAGAGAAGGAGCCGAAAGAAGUGGAAGAGAAAAUGGAGCCCCGAAGAAUUGAUGAAACGGCGAUAAUUGUACGACCACAUGGAACUGAGUCGCAAGCAGAGUUGAAAGGCUCGACACAAGUUUUCUUUGAAGAACAGUUCCGCAUUGAUUGUGAGGCUCACACAACAAAGCUUAAAGGUCCCACCGAUACUAUCAGAGGACCAUCAAAUAAUGCACAAUCUAGUAAGGCUCAUGCAGAUUCGGUGGAGGAUACAGGACCUGAGACUUUAAAAGCGACGGACGCUAACUCUUCUAUAAGACGAAGUGAAAGUCUUAGGUCGAGUGGUGAUAAUCCGUCGGAGGAGAAUAAGGAUUCGGACGAAGAGGAUGAUGUUGAUAAGGCAUCGGAGGAAGAGGAUGGUGGUGAUAAGGAGACUAAGGAGUCGGAGGAAGAAGAUGACGUAAAUAAUUACAUUCGCGAUGUUACAAACGAAGUGCAGAAGGAACAUGGUGAUGUUGAUACUAACAUGGAUGAAGAUGCUGCACAGAUGACUGCAGAUGCUGAGAAGCAUGAGAAGGCAGAGGCUGAAAAUGCAGAGGCUGAGAAGGCUGAGAAGGCAAAGAAGAAAAAAAAGAGGGCGAGAAUAGAUGAUGGAAAAGAAGCAGAGCCUUCGAAAAAGAUAAAGGGUUUAGAAAAAGUGAGUAAUCCUGUUAAUACAAGAAGCAUGGGUUUUCGGGGGGAAAAGGGAGCGGAGGAGGAGGAAUCGGAUGAGAAGGCAGUGGAUGAGGAUGCAGCGAAGGAAGAAGCAGCAAAGGAAGAGGCAGCAGUGAAGAAGAACAUAGGUGCAAAGAAGGCAGCUGAUAAGAAGGUAGCUGAGAAAAAGGCAGCUAAGAAGGCAGCAGCUGAGAAGAAGGCAGCAGCUGAGAAGGAGGUAGCUAAGAAGGCAGCAUCUAAGAAGGCAGCCCAGAAGAAGACAUCCCUGAAGCCGAAGAAGAGUAAGACAAAGAAGGUAGGUAAGAAGACGAAGUGA